CCCCUCCAAACUCUCUUAAAUUACACAUCCCCACCUUUCUCUUCCUACAUGUCGGAUCUCUCUUCUCUUCUCUCGUUUCCUUUCAUGGAAACCACCACAACCUUUCCCUUCUUCAUCAAACAGGAACUGCUACAAUCACCCGACAUGGCCGAUAUGUUUCCGUUCCAUACCGACAGCCACACCAACAUCCCCUUCUACUACGACCCGCCGAGUCAACUUACUGGCUCAAGCGAAGUCGAGCCAGUUCUGGAAGGAAUCGCUGCGGUUGUCGGGAGGCAAGUUCUGUUCGGAAAUGAAAGUAGCAGCAACAAUCGAGAAAACCCAUGUUCAGGUCCUGAGGUUUUCGGCGGUGAGAAGCGAGAACCGGUGGAUGACUCAGUUGGGAAAGGUGGACUCUGUGGUGGGUCGGGUCAGAAGAGCUUCCGUGGGGUGAGAAAGCGGCCGUGGGGGAGAUGGUCGGCUGAGAUUAGAGACAGGAUUGGACGGUGCAGGCACUGGCUCGGAACAUUCGACACGGCGGAGGAAGCGGCUCGAGCCUAUGACUCGGCAGCGAGGCGACUCAGAGGUUCGAAGGCUCGUACUAACUUUUCUAUUCCAAGCUCUUUCUACAUUCCUCUGCCCGUAUCCUCGCCUUCUAGCUCGUCCUCGACCUCUUCCACGUCAUCUCUGAAGAGGCAAGCAUCGUGCGGUAAGCACGCGGCGCACAAUAGCAGGAGCUGCUCUGCGGUGACCUCGAUUGCGCACCUGGUCAGUCCUGAGGAGCAAAGAAGGCGAGUGAAGCUGGAGCUGGAUUUGAAGCUGGGGGUGGAUUUCGCCGCCAACCCAACUGGUGCUGCUAAAUGACUGUUUUGCCCUUGGGUUUUUUGGGUUUUUACUUUUGAGUGCAUGCAAUAUGGGGAGUCUCGAACGUUUUGAUGUGCACGUGUAAUAUACAUGCAUGCAAUGUUUUUGUGUAGUGCAAGACUGUUACUAUAGAAAUAUCGGCCGAUACUUGCUACU